AUGGCCAAUGGCGAGCCUGAAGCCAAGAGGGCCAAGACAGGCCCAGGCACAAUGGAUGCGCUGUCCUUUAUCUCGGACAUCUGCGGCACGCUAAAGCGGCUGAAGCGGACUGGUUGGGUCAUGCGUAAAGUUCCUCUGCCGGAGAGCGACUCCGACCACAUGCACCGCUGUGCCAUGUGCGCGAUGCUACUCACUCAGCCGGCCGACCCACGGGAUGACUAUACAACCCCAGGGAUGGAGAAGUUCCAUCCAGACAAGGUGGACAAGAUGCGGCUCCUGCGGAUGGCCGUCAGUCACGAUCUCUGUGAAGCUUUGGCGGGAGACAUCACGCCCUACUGUAACCCGACCCUUGUGGCGUCCAAGCACGAGAAGGAGAGGGAGGCCAUGCAAGCCAUCCGGAAGGUGGUGGGGGACCCCCUUGGGGAGGAGCUCUACGAACUCUGGGCUGAGUAUGAGGACCUGAAGACAGUGGAGGCGAUCUACUGUAAAGACAUUGACAAGUUCGAGAUGGUUGUGCAGGCCUUCGAAUACGAAAAGGAGCACCUCAGACCUCUGAAGGACGUCCCAGGCAACAAGGCUCCGCUUUCGGAUUCGGUGUGUGCCGAGAAGGACUUGCCUACAGUUUGCGAUGAGCCUCUCCGGAGGUUCUUCAUUUCCACAAACAAGGCCAUUGUGACACCUCUCUUCCGCCGCUUGGACCAGGAGCUCCGGGCCCGACGAGAGGCCCUACUCAAGGAGCGCGGAUGGGGUGUGACGGACCCCGAACGGCAACAGCCGCGUGCGUAG